AUGGACAACCCGAAGGAUUCCGAGGAGCCUCAUCUCUCCCACCAAGACUUGAUAGCAGACAUUGAGGAGAUGACAAGCAAGGACCAUGAAUUAACCAUGAUUCAGGCGCUGAAGGUGUACCCCAAAGCCAUUGCCUGGAGUGCAGUCUUGUCAGCAGCCUUAAUUAUGGACGGCUACGACUUCAAGCUCUUCGGACUUCUUCUGGCACAACCUGCCUUCAACAAGAAAUACGGAACCCUUCAGCCAAACGGGACAUAUCAGAUUUCCGCCGCAUGGCAAUCCGGCAUUACGAAUGGGUCGAAUAUUGGACAGAUGGUUGGCCUGUACCUAGCUGGCUACUUGAGCGACAGAUUGGGAUUCCGCAGGAGCAUCAUGAUAACAUUACUCAUGAUACCAUGCAUCAUUUUCAUCGAAUUCUUCGCGCCGAGUCUAGUGGUUCUAGAAAUUGGGCAAAUUCUCUUGGGCGUCCCCUUGGGUAUCAUGGAAACCAUCACUUGCGUCUACGCUGUCGAGGUGGCUCCGACUUGUUUACGACCACUCUUGACUAGCUACGUGAGCCAAAACUGGGUCAUUGGACAGGCCGUAGCUGCGUGCGUUCUCCGGGGUGUUCUCGACGUAGAUGCCCCUUGGUCAUACAGGAUCCCUUUUGCUGUAUAG